AUGACACUGAAAUUAAAAAAGAUAAUAAUGGCGGACGUAUUGUAAAGUGACGCAAACGUAACGUCCUACGGCAUGCGUUUUAUUAAUAUUUUCAGAGUUCAAGUUGUGUUAAAUCGUUUUUUAACGUCAUUAGUGAACACAUGACCAUUUAGAGAGUUGUCGGCACUACACCCGAACAAUGGCGCGCGAGUUUGAUCAUCUUUUUAAACUGCUGAUUAUCGGUGACAGUGGUGUGGGUAAGAGCUGUCUGCUCCUGCGGUUCGCCGACAACACGUUUUCGGGUAGCUACAUUACGACGAUAGGCGUCGAUUUCAAAAUAAGAACCCUAGAACUGAACGGAGAGCGAGUGAAGUUGCAGAUAUGGGACACAGCAGGGCAGGAGCGGUUCAGAACGAUAACCAGCACGUAUUAUCGAGGCACUCACGGAGUCAUCGUCGUGUACGAUGUCACCAACGGAGAGUCCUUCGCGAACGUCAAACGGUGGCUGCAUGAGAUUGAACAGAAUUGUGAUGUAGUGAACAAAGUCUUAGUUGGAAACAAGAAUGAUUGUCCGUCGCGGAAAGUGGUGGUCACGGAGGACGCUCAGAGGUUCGCGAGCCAAAUGAACAUACCUCUGUUUGAGACUAGUGCAAAAGAGAAUAUCAAUGUGGAGGAGAUGUUUCUCACUAUCACAAAAAUGGUACUAAGAUCAAAGCUCGAAAUGAAGGAGAGACAAAACGUCACAUCAAACGACACAGUCAACCUGAAGAAUAGUCGCAGCAAAAACAAGAAGAAAUGUUGCUAGUGGUGAAAUAGGGCACAGUGCCGGACACUUACACUAUGCUCAAAUACUGUGUGUUGCACAACCCUAGCGGGACCUCGGACUACAAUACGAGUGUUUCAUUAAUGUCAGAGAAUAUUUUCCUAUUUGGAAAAAAUGGAAAACAGUUUUGUCAUACUGUCCAGUCACUGGUGCUAGGAACAUGAAUAAUGGAUUUGUUAAAAAACCUCUUUUCAAUAUUUUGAAAAGGGUUUAACUAUGUGUUCUCUCGUAAACAGACUUGAUUGGGCAGUUUUGACAUCAUGAAGGGUAAUUUAUUAAUAUGUAAUGCAUUUUUAAUGCAUGUUAUAAAAUGUUGAUCUCUAUUUGAGAUUUUGUCGCAAUUGAGUUAAUAGUUAUUUACGAUACAAGUGCGGAAAAGGGGAAAUUCGAAAUGAGUGGCGAUAAAUUAAAACACGACCGCAGGGAGUGUUUUAAAUCGACACGAGUUGCGAAUUACCUAUUCGCACGUGUAUCGUACAACGUUUUACAGUACAUAUGGCCCUUUAAACUCUCGACAUAUGCACGAAAAGUGCUCUUUUACGCACUAGUGCGAGAAAGUAGCACCAUAUGUACUGUAAAAGUUUAUUUCAUUCUCAUGGGGAUAAUUAUGGCCUGCAGACAGCACAAUAGAAUCAUUUUAGAUACUUUUCAUUGCCACAUAUUUACAUGCAUAUAUAACAAUUGUAAUUUAACAUUUGAAAUUAUUAUUUGUACUACUAGGACACCAAAUGCAUGAAACGCUGAAUUCAAAUCUCGUAAAGACCUCUUAAGUCCUAGAAUGAUUCCAUGGACAAGAUUCUACUUUUUGUGGUUUUUAAUCUUGGUGCAUCCAAAUUGUAGACUUGUGAAAUAUAGUGGUUUUAUUGCCUACAGUAUGAAAUUUGAAUUGUCCUGUCAGUGGAAAAGCACCUUUAAAAUCUGUCAGGAUUAAACUCUAUAGAUCUUAUCUUAUGGUUUUCGGGGGCCCUUGCGCAUACAUUUCGACCCAUAGGGAUCUUUUGUGCAGUUACCCCUUAAGAAAGAUCCGUCAGCUACUCGAGAGCUUUUCCCACCAUCUCCAUGUGCCGGAUGAUGGAGCUCAUGGGUAGCGUUUUGAAUUCCUUUGGUUCCAGAUAGCCUGUUCCCAAGUCCUUCAUUCUUUGUCUGGUGAGGGCAUCUUCUACUGUCUCUUCCUCUUCGCCACACAUACGACAAUCGGUGUUGUCAGCGUGUCCCAUUCUAUGGAUUGAAAUUCUAUGGAUAGUAUGCAACAAGUUUGUAUAUCAUUGUCAAUAUGUGGUUAUUUUUCAUUACGCUGGGUUGACACAUAGGAUGGAGCAUGUAUAUGGAAAUAUUGACUCCAAAAAUUACAUUAGGCUAUUAUGAUUGCUAGGUGUGUUUGUACUCCCAAUAUCUUUAUGUGGUGGAGUGUGUAUGAUAUGGAAAUGUUGCAUAUAGAAUAUAUAAAUGUAUACCAUUAAUUUAAUUUUUACUAAGGUCUAUAUUGAGGGCAGGCAGCGUUUGGUUUCAUCACAUGAUUUUUUCAUGGCUCAGUCACUUUUCAAUGCAGUAUGUUUAUUAAGAAGAUAUUUGUACGUAUAUUUUGGCCUAUAAUGAUAAAACUUGAAACAAUUUUGCUGAAUAUAGAAUAUAAUAAUUGAACGGCUAGUAUAAUUCGAUGACCAAUUGCCAUUUUAUGCAUAUAGCCGAGACUGUAUUUGAUGUUAUAAUCAGGCACAAAUAUAGCAAAAUAUGAUAUGCGGGAAAAUCACAAUGACUGAUCUGAAUACGAAACGGCAACUGUGCGUAUUUCCUAGGCAAGCUUACGUUUGACAGAAAACCGUGAACUGUGAUUGGGCCAUAUUGGAAUGAAUAAGGAUAAUUUUAAACUAAAUUAAACAAUUGGAAAUGUAUUAUUAUAAUUAUUUAAGUAAUGCGCUGGGUGCGAUAUUCUGAAUGACCAAUUCAUUUUAUGGGCUAUGUAAACAAAUCUGAAGAAAGCUGCAGCUUUUACUUUUAAAAAGUAACUUUUUUAACUUAUGGCUGAAACCGCACAUAUUUGCUGAUCACAUUUUAAAAGUAUAUUUUAUUUUUCUUUGUCCUUAAGUCAUAUAUAUUUUAAUAUUUACAUAUCACUGUAAAUAUUGGCAAAGAUAUUGUUAAUGCCAAAUUUUGUUUGGUUGACAACAAUUGAGUUGUUCAUAACUAAUUAGUAUUUGGAAUACUCACAGAGCUCUGUCAACUGAAUGCAAUUUUGUGAAAAUAUUUAUCGUAAUAAUGAAAACAUAACAACAGGUUGGUUGUCUACUAAUUAGAGUAAGUGGGAUACAGUAACUUAAUAGAAAACUAAAUUUCAUCGUCAAUAUCGACAUGAAUCAAAAGAUAUUAUAUAAGUAUGUAAUACUAUCCGAGAUAAUACUGUACUGUAUACUGUAUCCUUUGUCCCUGACAGAUAACAAAGGUCAUUUCCGACAUCUGUUAUUUUGAUAUAUUUCAAUGACUUAUUUUAGGUUUAAAUGUAUCCAAAUAGCAAGUGGUUAGAGGCCGUCUAAGUUAACUUUGCACCGGCUUGAAUAUAAAGAAGUGAGGGAGUGUCAUUACAAACGACAUAGUUUCAUAGACAUUUGGCAUGAUGACAUCACCACACUUUGUCAUUGCGAAUGCAAUUCAGAGGUAGCUUGGUCUGACUAGACUUCUUAUCUGUCGGGAUCAAAGUGAAUGAGUAGGUAAUUUUAUAAAAAUCUUUAGUCAAGCAGUAUUGCAAAUUCCAUUUUUUAUUUAUUAAAUUGGAACCCAUUGGAAAACAUGAAUUGAUAUUUUUGUAAUAUAAUAGGUAUAAUUUUUAUCAUUUGUGAAUUUAUAAACAAUUAUUUAACCA